AUGGCUGCGCUCCUGAGCCCGGGAGGCGGCCGCUGCUGAGCGCCGCUCGCCUCCCCGGGCCCCCCAGCCGGCCCGGGCCCCCGCCCAUGGCCCCGGUGGCCUCGCAGCUCCCGGCACGCUAGGGCUGCCGCCGAGGCCCUCGCCCGCCCGGAGCGCCGCGGGGCCACUCGCCGCCGCCGCCGCCCGCCCGCCCGCCCGCCCGCCCGCCGGCCUCGGGGAGCUCGGGAGCCCGUCCGGCGGGGCGGCCGCCAGCAUGGAGCCCCAGCGCCGGGAGCUGCUCGCCCAGUGUCAGCAGAGCCUGGCCCAGGCCAUGACGGAGGUGGAAGCCGUGCUCGGGCUGCUGGAGGCCGCGGGAGCAUUGAGCCCCGGCGAGCGGCGUCAGCUGGACGAGGAGGCGGGAGGCGCCAAGGCGGAGCUGCUGCUCAAGCUGCUCCUGGCCAAGGAGCGGGACCACUUCCAGGACCUGCGGGCGGCGCUGGAGAAGACGCAGCCUCACCUGCUGCCCAUUCUCUACCUGAACGGCGUCGUCGGGCCGCCGCAGCCCGCCGAGGGCGCCGGCUCCACCUACAGCGUCCUGUCCAUCAUGCCCUCGGACUCCGAGAGCAGCAGCUCCCUCAGCAGUGUGGGCACCACCGGGAAGGCACCGUCCCCGCCGCCGCCGCCACCACUCCUCCCCGACCGGCAAGCCAACGAGAAGGUGGAGAACCUCUCGAUUCAGCUGCGCCUGAUGACCCGGGAGAGGAACGAGCUGCGGAAGCGCCUGGCCUUUGCCGCCCACGGGACCACCUUUGACAAAAGGCCCUACCACAGGCUGAAUCCCGACUACGAGAGGCUGAAGAUUCAGUGUGUGCGGGCCAUGUCGGACCUGCAGAGCCUCCAGAACCAGCACACCAAUGCCUUAAAGAGGUGCGAGGAGGUGGCCAAGGAGACCGACUUCUACCACACGCUCCACAGCCGGCUCCUAAGUGACCAGACGCAGCUGAAGGAUGAUGUGGACAUGCUGAGGAGGGAGAAUGGGCAGCUGCUGCGUGAGCGUAACCUGCUGCAGCAGUCGUGGGAGGACAUGAAGCGGCUCCACGAGGAGGACCAGAAGGAGAUCGGUGACCUCCGGGCCCAGCAGCAGCAGGUGCUGAAGCACAGUGGGUCAUCUGAGAUUCUCAACAAGCUGUACGACACAGCCAUGGACAAGCUGGAGGUGGUCAAGAAGGACUACGAUGCCCUGCGGAAGAGGUACAGCGAGAAGGUCGCCAUCCACAACUCGGACCUGAACCGCAUGGAGCAGCUGGAGGAGGAGAACCAGCGGCUGCUGAAGCAGACGGAAAUGCUGACCCAGCAGAGGGACACGGCCAUCCAGCUGCAGCACCAGUGUGCGCUCUCCCUGCGGAGGUUUGAGGCAAUCCACCACGAGCUGAACAAGGCCACGGCCCAGAACAAGGACCUGCAGUGGGAGAUGGAGCUGCUGCAGUCGGAGCUGACGGAGCUGCGGACCACGCAGGUGAAGACCAUGAAAGAAUCGGAGAAGUACAGGGAGGAGCGGGACGCAGUGUACAGCGAGUACAAGCUCAUCAUGAGUGAGCGGGAUCAGGUCAUCUCCGAGCUGGACAAGCUGCAGACCGAGGUGGAGCUGGCCGAGUCCAAGCUGAAGAGCAGCACAUCUGAGAAGAAGGCGGCCAGUGAGGAGAUGGAGGCUCUGCGACAGAUCAAAGACUCGGUGACAAUGGACGCCGGGAGAGCCAACAAGGAGGUGGAAAUCCUUCGAAAGCAGUGCAAGGCUCUGUGCCAGGAGCUGAAGGAAGCCCUCCAGGAGGCGGAUGUGGCCAAGUGCCGGCGGGACUGGGCCUUCCAGGAGCGUGACAAGAUCGUGGCAGAACGCGACAGCAUCCGGACACUGUGUGACAACUUGAGGCGGGAGCGGGACCGGGCGGUGAGUGAGCUGGCCGAGGCCCUGCGCAGCCUGGACGACACCCGCAAGCAGAAGAAUGAUAUCAGCCGGGAACUCAAGGAGCUCAAGGAGCAGAUGGAAUCGCAGUUGGAAAAGGAGGCCCAAUUCCGGCAGCUGAUGGCCCACAGCUCCCACGACUCUGCCAUUGACACGGAUUCCAUGGAGUGGGAAACAGAAGUGGUGGAGUUUGAAAGGGAGACUGAGGAUGUUGAUUUGAAGGCACUUGGGUUUGAUAUGGCAGAAGGCGUCAGUGAGCCCUAUUUCCCAGGGGACUGUGGCAUAUUUGUCACCAAAGUGGACAAAGGAAGCGUUGCUGAUGGCCGCUUAAGGGUCAACGACUGGCUGCUGAGGAUCAACGACGUGGACCUCAUCAACAAGGACAAGAAGCAGGCCGUCCGGGCGCUCCUCAACGGAGGCGGCGCCAUCAACAUGGUCGUGCGGCGGCGCAAGUCCCUGGGCGGGAAGGUGGUCACGCCGCUGCACAUCAACCUCAGCGGGCACAAAGACAGCGGCGUCAGCCUGGAGAACGGGGUCUACGCCGCCGCCGUGCUGCCCGGGAGCCCGGCCGCCAAGGAAGGGUCCCUCGCGGUGGGAGAUAGGAUCGUUGCGAUCAACGGCAUUGCACUGGACAACAAGUCUCUGAACGAAUGUGAGUCCCUGCUGCGCAGCUGCCAGGACUCCCUGACACUGUCUCUCCUGAAGGUGUUCCCUCAGAGCUCCUCCUGGAGUGGCCAGAACAUCUCUGAAAACAUCAAGGACUCUGAUAAGAUGUUGAGUUUCCGAGCCCAAGGCCCAGAGGUCCAGGCUCAAAAUAAACCGAACUUGAUGCAGCACAACAACUCCACGCAGACGGACAUCUUCUCCGUGGACAGGCUGGAGGACAGGAAAGAGCCAGGCCCUCCCGGAGGCAGCACCUCCUUCCUGCACAAGCCGUUCCCUGGGGUCCCCUUCCAGGGCUCCCCCCAGGCCUGCCCCAGCGCCUCCGAGCGCAGCCCAGGCUCCUUCCGCUCGGACUUCUCUGGGGACCGUGGCUACGGGCUGGUGGAUGUGCGCGGCCGGAAGCCUCUGCUGCCCUUUGAGACUGAGGUGGGCCCUUGUGGGGUGGCCGAGGUCCCCCUGGAUAAGGCAGAGCCCGAGGGCUCCAACAGCGGCGGGACCUGGCCCAAGGCCGUGCUCAGCUCUGUGGCGGAGCCUGAGAAGCUCUCCGUGUUCAAGAAGCCAAAGCAAAGAAAGUCCAUCUUUGACCCGAACACGUUCAAACGCCCCCAGACGCCUCCUAAAGUAGACUACCUUCUCCCAGGCCCUGGACCUGCUCACUCCCCUCAGGCCUCCAAGAGAGUGGGGCCCCUGACACCCCCAAAACCUCCCAAGAGGAGUGACUCCAUUAAGUUCCAGCACAGACCAGAAACCAGCUCUGAGUCAGAGGCCACCCUGGUGGGCAGCUCCCCAUCCACCAGCCCCCUGACAGCCCUGCCCCCCGGCUUGGAUCCUGGGGAACCCAUGCACGCUUCACCUCCUCGUAAGGCCAGGGUCCGCAUCGCCUCCAGCUACUACCCUGAGGGCGAUGGGGACUCGUCCUAUCUGCCAGCCAAGAAGUCCUGUGACGAGGACCUCACCUCCCAGAAGGCCGACGAGCUGGGACAGAAGCGCCGCCGGCCAAAGUCUGCCCCCAGUUUUCGGCCCAAACUCGCUCCGGUGGUCAUUCCUGCUCCGUUUGUGGAGGAGCAGAAGUGCGUCUCGGCCAGUGGAGACCUCUCCCCAGAGCUCCAGGAGUGGUGCCCUUACUCGCCAGGCCCCUCCGGUCGACAUGGCAACCCCCCGCUGUACCCCAGCAGGGCCUCUGUGGGCACCGUCCCCCGGAGCGUGACACUGAGCACCGCCGGGAGCGCCAUCCUGAGGAACCCCAUCUACACUGUGCGGAGCCACCGGGUCGGCCCCUGCAGCUCCCCACCCGUCCCCAGGGAGGCCGCUCCCCCAGGUUUGCACCCCAGUGUCCAGCACCAAGGGCGUCUGAGCCUGGACCUGAGCCACCGAGUCUGCAGCGACGACCCCGAGACAAGAGCCUCUCACGGCUCCAACUCGCUGCCCUCCAGCGCCCGCCUUGGGUCUUCAAAUAACUUGCAGUUUAAGGCAGAGCGCAUUAAAAUUCCAUCAACGCCGCGAUAUCCCCGGUCUGUAGUGAGCUCUGAUCGAGGUUCACUGUCACAUUCCGAAUGCAGCACUCCUCCUCAGUCACCCCUGAAUAUUGACACCCUGUCCUCUUGCAGCCAGUCCCAGGCCUCAGCCUCCACACUGCCUAGGAUUGCUGUCAACUCCGCAUCCCUCGGGGAGCGGAGGAAGGACAGGCCUUACGUGGAAGAGCCCCGUCACGUCAAGGUGCACAAGGGCUUGGAGCCUCUGGGAAUCUCCAUCGUGAGCGGCGAGAAGGGAGGGAUCUACGUCUCUAAAGUGACUGGGGGAAGCAUCGCUCACCAGGCCGGCCUCGAGUAUGGAGAUCAGUUACUUGAGUUCAAUGGCAUAAACCUGCGGAGCGCCACGGAGCAGCAGGCCCGGCUCAUCAUCGGGCAGCAGUGCGACACUGUCACCAUCCUGGCCCAGUACAACCCCCACAUGCACCAGCUCGGCAGCCACUCCCGGUCCAGUUCUCACCUGGACCCUGCCAGCACCCACUCCGCUCUCCAGGGAAGCGGCACCGCCACCCCAGAGCACACCUCUGCCAUCGACCCCCUGAUGGAGCAGGAUGAGGACCCUGGCACCUCCCUGUGCAAGCAGAGCACACCCAGCUCCAGGAUUGUGGGAGAUGCCAACAAGAAGACCUCAGAGCCGCGAGUCGUCCUCAUUAAAAAGACCCAACAGGAAAUCGGGGUGCACUUAUGUGGCGGGAACCUGCAUGGGGUGUUUGUGGCCGAGGUGGAGGAUAACAGUCCGGCCAGGGGUCCUGAUGGCCUCGUGCCGGGGGACCUCCUCCUAGAGUACGGCACGCUGGAUGCCCGAAGCAAGACGCUGGAGGAGAUCUACGUGGAGAUGCUGAAGCCCAAGGACGGCGUCCGCCUGAAGGUGCAGUACCGCCCCGACGAGUUCAACAAGAUCAAGAGCCUGCCUGGCGAUGGCUUCUACAUCAGGGCCCUGUACGACCGGCUGGCAGAAGUGGAGCAUGAGCUGAGCUUUAAGAAGGAUGACAUCCUCUACAUCGAUAACACCUUACCCCAGGGCACAUUCGGCUACUGGAUGGCCUGGCAGCUGGACGAGAAUGGCCAGAAGAUGCAGCGUGGGCAGAUUCCCAGCAAAUACGUGAUGGACCAAGAAUUCUCCAGGAGGCUCAGCAUGUCUGAAGUCAAAGAUGAAAACAAUGCCGCAAAGACGCUGUCGGCAGCUGCACGCAGGUCCUUCUUUCGAAGGAAACAUAAGCACAAACGCAGCGGGUCCAAGGAUGGGAAGGAUCUCCUCGCCUUGGACACCUUUUCCAACGACCCCAUUCCACUCUUUGAAGAUUCGGUGAGCAGCUUGGCCUAUCAGCGGGUGCAGAAGGUGGACUGCACGUCUCCAAGGCCCGUCCUGGUUCUGGGACCCCUGCUGGAUGUGGUGAAGGAGAUGCUAGUGAAUGAGGCUCCCGGCAAGUUCUGCAGAUGCCCCCUCGAGGUGAUGAAGGCCUCCCAGCAGGCUAUCGAGCGGGGCGUCAAAGAUUGCCUCUUUGUCGACUACAAGCGGAGGAGCGGGCAUUUCGAUGUGACCACAGUGGCUUCCAUAAAGGAGAUCACAGAAAAGAACCGGCACUGCCUCCUGGACAUCGCUCCCCACGCCAUCGAGCGGCUGCACAACCUGCACAUCUACCCCAUCGUCAUCUUCAUCCACUACAAGAGUGCAAAGCACAUCAAGGAGCAGAGAGACCCCAUCUACCUGAGGGACAAGGUGACUCAGCGGCAUUCCAAAGAGCAGUUUGAGAUGGCUCAGAAGGUUGAGCAGGAGUAUGGCAGGUACUUCACAGGGGUUGUCCAGGGAGGAGCCCUUUCGAGCAUUUGCACCCAAAUCCUGGCAGUGGUCCAUCAGGAACAGAAUAAAGUCCUGUGGGUCCCAGCCUGCGCGCUAUAGGGGAACAGCAUCCUGUGAAGUGACUGCACCUACUCUGCCAACGUAAAUACGCGGCCCAGCUCAUUUUAGCGACUAAAACCAGAGGAAGGUCUGUAUGUGAGCCUGAAGGGAAAGGAUCCCACCAGUAGAGAAGGCAGCAGCCAAACGGACCCAGGCCCGGGGAGCAGACUGCUUUUCUCUCACCCAUGUGCUUUAAGACACAAAAGACUUCCAGCAGAGGGGUUCAACACCAGCCUUUCUUUCGCUAGCCAAUCAGAGAUGCUGCAAAGAGAACCUUCCAGAUCACAAGUUUACAAACCUUUUCUAAGUAUUUGGUGGUUUCUGUUUACUUGAACGGCUUUGUGUUGUUGGUGCCGAGCCCCCCACCCAUCUGACCCCUCUGUCGCUUUGGUGUUGCUUUACCUGCUGUCAACAAAACGACUCCGGAACCACAUCAGGGGCUGCUUUGCCCUGGGAGGUUCCCGGUGGGACCAGGGCUGCCCCUAGACGGCCCCUCUCCAGGAAGGACAUCGCGACCCCAGGUGCCUGGGCCAUCUGGGGUGGCAGAUCCAGUGCCUUUGUCGCGUCGACUUGCCAGUGGCAGCAUUUUCCCCCCUUCCUGCAGCAGAGGGGGAAGACUCCUUUGGCGGUCUUGUAAACUCACCUCUCUAGUUUCCUCUCCUGCUUUCCACGUCCUCUCAUGUUGCCUCCACCCGCGUUUACUAUUUAAGCAUUCUCUCCCAUCCCGCAGAGCUUCGUGGGUUCACGAUGACACAGUUAGGUUCAGGACAGGGUGUUAAGUGAGGGCCAGGGUGGGCCACUGGGUCCUUUUUAGGGCCUGCAAUUUGUGACAGCCUUGAGUGGUGGAAUUUUUGCAGGGUAACUUGUAAAUUGUAGGCUUUAGACUGCGGUGAGCACUUCAGCUCUUUCUGACAUGAAAACGUCCCUGUUUCAGUCUUUGCAUUGAGAGCUUUUUAGGGGAAGUGUGGUCAUGAGUGUUGUCACUGUCACGAAUCUAAAAGUGAAAUCUGGGGUCUCUUUAGUCUUGGUUAGAGCCCGCUUGGUAUGGACGGUGCUCCUCCAAGAUGUGUCCGUUGGGGGUUUGUUUUGCACUUCUGACACCGGGUGUCUCUGGCUGAAGAUUCGCUGUGUUUCCUCCUUCAGCUGUUUCCUGUUAGGUACUGUCCCGGGCUCUGCGGGUCAUGGGACAUGCCCUGUAUUUUCAUACUGCUCCUGACAUUUCAUUUUCCGAGCAAGAAAUCUUUGAUUUCAUUUUAUUCUUUGUAAUUCUAGACACUAGAUUGUAGUUUAGCCAUUACUGACUUUUUUUUUUUUUUUAAAAAGGGAUAUAUUUUCUUGCACAAUUGUUCAAAAAGAAGUUUCAGUCCUCAAUGCUGUCCUUUGUUUUACAGGUACAAGUUUUCUAGCUCAGACAAUUAAAAACUGUAGACUAGGUCUUGCCGUAUUCCCUUCAGAGCCCUCGGGGGCUGGUUUUCCUAAGCGGCAGGCUGCGCUGGGCUGGGAGGGUGGUACGCGUAGGCAGACAAGGUACGGUUCUGGCAGACGGGGAUUUUCUGUACUAAAAUGUUACUUUGUAUCAAAAGUUAUACAGACUUUAGUACAACAAAUAAAGGUCAAUUUCUAUAA